GUCCGCGAUUGGCUUCGCCGAGGCGGGAUCCUUGAGCUUCUCCGGCGGUGAGGGGAUCGCUGGUUACCAGAAGGGCUUCUUUGCAAGGCCAGUGGUUUCUGUCAGAUUUUCGCCGGUCACCACUGCUGAAUAUGAGACGAUCUGCAGCACCAAGUCAGUUGCAGGGGAAUUCCUUCAAAAAACCAAAAUUUAUACCUCCAGGAAGAAGUAAUCCAGGUCUGAAUGAAGAGAUUACAAAACUGAAUCCAGAUAUAAAAUUAUUUGAGGGUGCUGCAAAUAAUAACACCUUUCUCCCAUCACAAAAUGAUCCUAGAAUAUGCAGUUUAAAUCUGCCUAGUGAAGAAAGUACUAGAGAAAUUAAUUACAGAGAUAAUCGCAGUGGAAAAUAUUGUUUUGAAGCACCUACACUGGCAACAUUAGAUCCACCUCAUACAGUUCAUUCGGCUUCUAAAGAAGUAGCAGUGUCCAAGGAACAAGAAGAGAAAUCUGAUAGCCUAGUUAAAUAUUUCAGUGUUGUUUGGUGUAAGCCUUCAAAGAAAAAACAUAAAAAGUGGGAAGGUGAUGCUGUUCUUAUUGUAAAAGGAAAGUCAUUUAUAUUAAAGAAUUUGGAAGGCAAAGACAUUGGAAGAGGCAUUGGUUAUAAAUUCAAAGAGCUUGAAAAGAUUGAAGAGGGCCAAACACUGAUGAUUUGUGGAAAAGAAAUUGAAGUCAUGGGUAUAAUCUCUCCAGAUGACUUCACCAGUGGCAGGUGUUUUCAGCUUGGAGGAGGAAGUACUGCUAUCUCGCGUUCUUCUCAGGUUGCCAGGAAAUGUUUCUCUAACCCUUUCAAAAGUGUUUGUAAACCAAGUUCAAAGGAAAAUAGACAGAAUGAUUUCCAAAAUUGCAAACCACGCCAUGACCCAUAUACGCCAAAUUCCCUCGUUAUGCCACGACCAGAUAAGAAUCACCAGUGGGUAUUCAAUAAGAACUGUUUCCCUCUUGUGGAUGUAGUGAUUGAUCCUUACCUUGUAUAUCAUCUUCGACCACAUCAGAAAGAAGGAAUCAUAUUCCUUUAUGAAUGUGUAAUGGGAAUGAGAAUGAAUGGCAGAUGUGGAGCUAUUCUUGCUGAUGAAAUGGGUUUAGGGAAAACAUUGCAAUGUAUUUCGCUAAUCUGGACCCUGCAGUGUCAGGGACCCUAUGGAGGCAAGCCAGUAAUAAAGAAGACACUAAUUGUCACACCUGGAAGCUUGGUGAAUAAUUGGAAGAAAGAAUUUCAAAAAUGGCUAGGAAGUGAAAGGAUCAAGAUAUUUACUGUUGAUCAGGACCACAAAGUUGAAGAAUUCAUCAAGUCUAUAUUUUAUUCUGUUCUUAUUAUCAGUUAUGAAAUGUUACUUCGUUCCCUGGAUCAAAUUAAGAAUAUAAAAUUUGAUCUUCUAAUCUGUGAUGAGGGGCAUCGUUUGAAGAACAGUGCCAUUAAGACAACUACAGCCCUCAUUAGCCUUUCUUGUGAGAAAAGAAUAAUUCUAACUGGUACUCCAAUUCAGAAUGAUCUGCAAGAAUUUUUUGCAUUAAUUGAUUUUGUAAAUCCAGGAAUAUUAGGCUCUUUGUCAUCUUAUAGGAAAAUAUAUGAAGAACCUAUCAUUUUAUCAAGAGAACCUUCUGCUUCUGAGGAAGAAAAGGAGUUAGGGGAAAGAAGAGCAGCUGAACUUACUUGCCUCACUGGACUCUUUAUCCUUAGAAGAACCCAGGAAAUUAUAAAUAAAUAUCUCCCACCUAAAAUAGAGAAUGUCGUCUUUUGCCGACCAGGAGCACUACAGAUUGAGCUUUAUCGAAAGCUGUUAAAUUCUCAGGUUGUCAGGUUCUGCCUUCAAGGGUUGUUGGAAAAUAGUCCCCAUCUAAUAUGUAUAGGAGCUCUUAAAAAACUGUGCAAUCACCCCUGCCUUUUGUUCAACUCUAUAAAGGAAAAAGAAUGUAGCUCAACUUGUGAUAAAAAUGAAGAAAAGAGUCUAUACAAAGGCUUGCUAAGUGUGUUUCCUGCUGACUACAACCCUCUCCUGUUUACUGAAAAGGAGUCAGGAAAACUACAGGUGUUGUCCAAGCUCUUAGCGGUUAUCCACGAACUUCGACCUACUGAAAAGGUGGUGUUGGUAUCCAACUAUACACAAACCUUGAACAUUUUACAAGAAGUAUGUAAGCGUCAUGGAUAUGCUUAUACAAGACUUGAUGGACAAACACCAAUCUCUCAAAGGCAGCAGAUUGUUGAUGGCUUUAACAGUCAACACUCUUCUGUUUUUAUUUUUUUGUUAAGUUCAAAAGCUGGUGGUGUAGGACUUAACCUCAUUGGAGGAUCUCACUUAAUUCUCUAUGACAUUGAUUGGAAUCCAGCCACUGAUAUUCAGGCAAUGUCUAGAGUAUGGAGAGAUGGUCAGAAAUAUCCUGUACAUAUUUACAGACUCCUAACUACAGGUACAAUAGAAGAAAAGAUCUAUCAAAGGCAGAUCAGUAAGCAAGGUCUUUGUGGGGCAGUUGUCGACCUCACCAAGACAUCUGAACAUAUUCAGUUUUCAGUAGAAGAACUUAAAAAUUUGUUCACAUUACAUGAAAGUUCAGAUUGUGUUACUCAUGACCUGCUUGACUGUGAGUGUGCAGGAGAGGAAGUUCAUACAGGUGAUUCGUUGGAAAAAUUCAUUGUCUCUAGAGAUUGUCAGCUUGGUCCACAUCACCAGAAAUCUAACUCCCUGAAACCUCUUUCUAUGUCCCAGCUGAAGCAAUGGAAACAUUUUCCUGGAGAUCAUUUAAAUCUUACAGAUCCUUUUCUUGAAAGAAUAACAGAAAAUGUGUCAUUCAUUUUUCAGAAUAUAACCACUCAAGCUACUGGCACACAAUGAAACAUUACUUCUGACAUUCCAUUGCUCUUCUUUUGAAAAUUAGUAUGGUAAUUAAAUGUACUUUUUGAAAAUUAAUAGAAUUAUUUAAAUUACAGUGUAUGUUGCAAAAUAUAUCACAUUUGAUACAAUAGUCAAAAUUGUUUGAGUGGUUUAAUUUUUUGUAAAUAUUAAAUGUUUAAAUGAAAAAUUAAAGAUGUGCUUCUAUCAUUGUA